AUGCUUGAGGGACUCGUUUCAAACCUGCUUAAUCGGUUCUUGGGCAUGUAUGUCCAGAAUUUCGAUCCCAAGCAACUCAAUGUCGGUAUCUGGUCUGGUGACGUCAGAUUGCGAAACCUUCAACUGAGACGCGAAGCUCUCGACCAGCUCCGCCUACCGCUCAACGUCGUUGAGGGACACCUGGGCUCCCUUACCCUCUCAAUACCAUGGUCGAAUCUACGAGGCAAGCCGCUCAAGGUCAACAUUGAGGAUGUCUAUCUGCUAGCGGCGCCAAAGGAGGAUGCAGAUUAUGAUGCUGAAGAGGAGGACCGAAGAGCCCACGCUGUCAAAAUGGAGAAGCUGGACAGUGCCGAGCUGCUCAAGGAGCGCAAUACUGAAGGCAUGAGUGCUGAGGAGCAGCAGAAGAAUCAAAGCUUCACCGCGAGUCUAGUGACGGCUAUCGUCGACAACGUCCAGGUUACAGUCAAGAACAUUCACAUCCGCUACGAAGACUCGAUAUCCGACCCCGGACACCCCUUUGCUCUUGGUGUUACACUCGCCGACUUCAGCGCAAUCAGCACAGACGAAAAUUGGAAACCCACAUUCAUCCAAGGCAAUUCGACCUCGACUCACAAGCUGGCGACCCUCGGAUCGCUGGCGGUGUACUGGGAUACAGAUGCGGAGCUCAUUGGCACCGGCAAGGGCAGCCAAAGCAGUGAUGAGCAGGAAAUCGAUCGCGACGCGUUCAUUGAGAAAGUUCGAGACAUGAUUGUCAGGGGUGACAAUCCUGACCUGGGUGAUCAUCAGUUCAUCCUGAAGCCGAUCAGUGGUCGUGCUGGCCUGGAAAUGGACAAGACUGGCAAGCCUGAUCGACCCAGAAUGAAGGCGCGUCUACUCUUUGAUGAGUUAGGUUUCAUAAUUGAUGAGGAUCAAUACCGUGAUGCGCUCAUGCUGGUGGAUCUAUUCCACUACUUUAUCCGACACCAGGAAUACAAGAGGCACCAACCGAAAUCGUCCCCGAAAGAAGACCCUGCUGGCUGGCUCCGGUUCGCGGGUAAGGCUGUUCUUGAUAAGAUCCAUGAGAGAAAUCGGAAGUGGAGCUGGGGAUACUUCAAGGAACGUCGCGACGACCGUAUACGUUAUAUCGAACUUUUCAAGAAGAAGAAACGCGAGGAAAAGCUCGACCCUGCGGAGGCAGAGGAUAUGGACAAACUUGAGCGGAAACUGAGCUACGAAGAUUUGCGCUUUUGGCGCUCACUGGCGCGCAACCAAUUGCGCAAGGAGAAUGUUGGUGUCAAGAAGCCGCCCCCGAAACAGACUUGGACUUCAUGGGUUUGGGGAACAAAGCAGGAAGAGCAGCAUGAUGAUGACACGCAAAUAAGCGAACAACAGCGCAAAGAAUUAUACGAAGCGAUCGCUUGGGACGAAAAGAAGGCCAUCACGGAGGCGGUAGAUAUGCCCAGAGAAUACGUCAAGCUCGAGGUGAACAUGAGCCUCAGGACUGGUAGUUUUACCUUGAAACGCGAUCCCCACGGCAAAUCGAAAGAAAUACUUCGCCUGUUGUUCGACUCUUUCAGCACACAAUUACUGCAACGUACAGAUUCAAUGUUUGUCAAGGUUGCUCUUGAGGGUAUGCGUCUAUACGACGGAACUACUGAGGGCAGCCUAUUCCCUCAGAUCAUCACCAUCAAAGAUGCUCCACCUGUUCCAGAUGACCAGCGGGUUGAGGAACUCAACGAUGAUGAAACUCCUCUGGAAGAUGGAAAUGAAGAAGACGAAGAGCAGAAGGAUGACCCAUUCUUUUACCUCACGUUCGAAAACAACCCACUGGACGACAGUGCUGACACAGCCCUGACCAUGAAGCUCAAGGGUAUGGAGUUUGUAUACAAUCCAAUAUUCGUUGUGGAAGUAGCAAAGUUCUUCAAACCUCCAGAGAGGCACAUGGAAUCCAUUGGCGCCCUUAUGGAGACAGCGGGCGCCACCGUUGAAGGCAUCAGACAACAAACGCGUGCAGGGCUGGAAUUCGCCCUUACAGAGCACAAAACUAUCAACGUGCAACUAGACCUGCAAGCACCGCUUAUAAUCGUACCAGAUUCCGUAACGAAGAAAUCAAGCAACUGCUUGAUCCUGGAUGCGGGUCACAUCAGCGUAACCAGCGAACUGGUAGACAAGAAUACUUUGCGUGAUAUCCAAGGGAAGCAGCAACAACAUUACACCGAUGACGACUUUCGAAAAUUGGAGAAUUUAAUGUACGAUAAAUUCAAUCUGAAACUUCAUUCCACACAGGUUCUGAUUGGGCCCUCCAUUGAGGAGACACGAUCACAGCUUGAGACCGAGUCUGCUACGAAGAACUUCCACAUAGUAGACAAAAUCAACAUGGACUUCAGGAUCGAGAUCUGUAUUGUGCCCAAGGCAUCUGACCUCACCAAGUUUCGCGUCUCGGGAAACCUUCCGGUCUUGCACGCAUCAAUAUCAGACACAAAAUACAAAAAUCUGAUGAAGCUGAUAGAUGUCGCGAUACCAAAGUUCGACAAUGAUGCACCGAGCAAGCAGGUCAUGGAAGGUGCGAAAGGGUCCUCUAAUUUGAUAUUGUCAAGCGAUGGAAAAGCAAACGUGGAUGCCCUGGGCAGGCCCCGCUCAAAAUCCAUGAAGUUCUCUGCACAGGAACAUGAGUUGGUAAUGGAGGAGGAAGGCCACAGUGAAUCAGAGGACAAAUUCGAAGAUGCACCAGAGGCCAAGGAGGAGGUCAAGAAGGCCCAUAUGCAUCAGCGAAAUUUUGAGUUCAAAUUCACAGUCGAAAAGCUUCAGGGCUCCUUGUACAGGUCAGAUCCAGAAGGGCGAAAGGCUGACCAGCUCCUGGCUGAGCUGAUUGCGGAGCACUUCGACCUCGACUUCUACCAGGAGCCAUUCCAAAUGGGUGCAGAUGUCAGCCUUCGCAGUCUAGCCGUGGAAGAUCAUGUUGAAGACUCCACGAUACCAGAGUUUCGAAACAUAAUAUCCUCAGAAGACGCAUUCGCCGAUGAGCAAAAGGAUCUCUUCAGCCUCAAGUUUGUCAAGGUCAAUGCGGAUUCUCCAGAGUUCCAGACCAAAUACGAGGGAAUUGCGAUCAAUCUUGAUGUUGCGGUCUCUACCAUCAACCUCAUUGUGACCAGGAAAACGUUACUGACAUUGCUGGACUUCGUUCUUGCCACAUUCACGAAUCCUGGUCCAACUCCGAAUCAACAGGCUCAAAUGACUGCAAAGUCAGACAACCAACAGGAUACCGAGAAGCAGGCACAAGCAGAGCCGGACAGAAUUCGCAUUCGAGCUGAACUGAAACGUAUCGCAGUCAUCUUGAACAACGACGGGAUCCGUUUGGCGACACUUAGUCUGAGCUCCGGUGACGUUGGUAUCUUCCUCAACGGUGGAACUAUGCGCAUCGGAGGUCGUCUUGGCAAUCUGUCUCUUGUUGACGAUGUCAAUCAGGGCGUUCCCGAAGAAUCAUCGCUCCGUCAUCUGGUCACGAUAGAAGGCAAAAAUCUGGCCGACUUUAGCUAUGAAACUUUCGACUCAGAGUCGGAAAGCUAUCCUGGGUAUGACAUGGCAGUCGCAUUGAAAACAGGAUCAAUCAGAAUCAACUUCCUCACAGAGCCGUUCCGCAAGAUCAUGGAGUUCGCCGUAAAGUUUGGUAAAAUGCAGGCAAUCUUCAAUGCUGCUCGCCAAGCUGCUGCAAAUCAAGCGACACAAAUUCAGCAACGGGCCACCAAGUUGCACUUUGACAUUGUGAUCAGCACUCCGAUUGUGGUGUUCCCACGAAUGGUAAUCUCUGAUAAGCCAGACCGUGAUACCCUCACCGCAAACCUCGGAGAGAUAUAUGCAAAGAACACAUUUGUUCCACUGGACGACUCAGAGAAUGCAGAUGUUGCCAACAAGCUCUCUGCAGGCAUCAGGAAUAUCAGACUUACUUCUCAUCUCCACUAUGAUGAAGAUCGCUCGGAGUCGCUUGAACUCAUCGACAAGGUGGAUCUUGACUUUAACAUCACAAUGAUUGAGCACAAAGCCGACCAGCAACGUCCUGAUCUUGAAAUAGACGGUUCGAUGUCGGACAUCAACCUACAACUCACUCCUGAGCAGAUGAAAUUUGCCUUGGAGCUAUCACGAUCUAUACCAGCCGCGUUCGCCACAGAAACCGACACCAUUGAUACUGAUGUCCAGGCGGAAUUACCCGAGGCUACAACUGGCCCUAUACGUCAACUAACAGACAAAGAGAGCAGCAAAGAAGAGCCAUCCAAAGACAUGGUCUCAUCACAGUCACCUGAACUGCACACUGAUGCUGACAAGUGGACAAAACUAGAUUUCGUCUUCAAGGUUGGUAUGAUUGGUCUAGAGUUGGUGAAAUCAGAAGACGGUGAACCAGUCGGCGAUGUUGAGACCGCUAGUCUGUCAAGAUUCUCGCUGAAUGAUACCAACGUCAAAAUUCGCAUGAUCAGUGACGGAGCCAUGGAAGCCGAGCUGGUGGUUCAAUCGUUCACCAUCCGAGAUAGCCGUACCCAGGGUACCAACAAGUUCCGCAAGAUCAUGUCGCUCAUAAGCAACGAUGUGAAACAGCAGUUCAUGGCGAGCAUUUCCAUCUCAGGCGGUCAAGAAAAGAACCUGAUAGCGCUUCUCACGAUUGAUAGUCCAAGGAUAAUCUUGGCGUUAGAUUAUCUGUUCGCAUUACAGGCAUUUGUCAACGCAGGUCUUGUCACAGAUGAGCCACUGAAUGUCGAGGAAGAAAUGAAGCAUGAGGAUACAGACAGCGAUGAUGAGAUCAUGUUGCCCGACGGAUCGCAGGCCAUCGAGAGGCCACAAGCUAGACCCAAGUCUACAAAUACCACCAUGAAUAUUUCUUUCCGAGUCAACCUGGUGGAUGCACAGGUUGUGCUUAUCGCCAAUCCAGCUUUAGCCAGUUCAGAAGCUAUCGUGCUAGGAACAAAGCAAGUACUUGUCUCCAAACAACAGGCAAUGACGCUACAGGUUGAUAAGGUUGGCAUGUUCCUAUGCCGUAUGGAUCGCUUCGAUACAAACCGUAUGCGUAUACUUGAUGACUUUAGCAUUCAAGCAGCACUGGAUAUGGGUGUACCGGGAUCUAAGUCAGCAACGGCAAGCAUUGCUGUCGAUAUCGAACCUUUGGUGCUGCGACUAUCGCUUAGGGACAUCCUCUUAGCCAUGCAAAUUGUCAACCGGGCAUCAGCAAUGUCAGGAAAUGAUGCUAAAGGACUACCUUCUGCGGAUGCACAAAGUUUGACGUCUGCCACAACAGCCAAGAAGGGCACAUCCGUGGGCGGUAAGGCUCUGUCGCAGAGGCCUCGCACAAAGUCCAUCGCAACCACCAAGCGAUCAAGCCGACAGGGCGCAGAACUUCAAGCGCCACAGCAGGCUUCCACCGUAAUCCGACGAGAGGAAAUGCACAUCAAUAUCGAAGGUAUACGCGUCGUUCUCAUUGGCGACGUUCAUGAGAUGCCUAUGCUGGACUGGCGCGUGAAGAAAUUCGGCGUCGAUGUACGAGAUUGGUCCGGAGCGAUGGUCGCUGAUACCUCGCUUGAUACUCUGAUUAAUGUCUACAACUUCUCUAAGUCUGCAUGGGAGCCUUUGAUCGAGCCCUGGACUGUUGGGUUCCACAUGGCAAAAGAUCAAGACCCAGACAAGAUCACGGUUGACCUUUACUCACGAAAAUCUAUGGAACUCACAGUAACGGCUGCUACUAUUGCCUUGGCUUCGAAAUCUUUCGACUUUCUUACCAGUGACGAGGACAUAUUGUCCAAACCUCGUGGUAGCGAUGCACCAUACCGUAUUCGCAACCAUACUGGGUUCAGUCUUGACGUAUGGGCAGAGGGGAAGGAGCAGGAAGGCUAUGCAGCUAAGCUUGAGGAUGGUGAGGAGCAGCCAUGGCGGUUCGAAGAUCCCAUGUCAACCCGUGAGACAUUGUCCACGGAUGCUGCAACUGGUAUGCUCGGGGUUAGAUUGCAGGGCAGUGGCUUUGACACCCUACCACGUAUUCCAGUCCAUCGAGAAGGCGAAUUCUUGUAUAAUCUGAAGCCCAAGCAAGACAGGGUACAGCACCGCGUCCUGGUCGAGGUGAAACUUGGCUCAGACAACAUCAAGAACAUAACUAUCCGCUCUCCAUUACUCGUCGAGAACAACACACAAAUACCGAUCGAGCUCGGCAUGUUCAGCCCCGAUGAGGGUCAUCUUCUCAAGAUCGACAAGAUUGCGCCGGGUGAUGCAAGACCGGCACCAGUCGGUGCUUGCCACAUGCAUUCGAUAGUUGUGCGUCCUGAUCAAGGAUUCGGCUACGCCUGGUCAAAUGAACAGCUAUUCUGGAAGGAUCUUCUCAAGCGUCCUACUAGAACGAUCACCUGCCGCAGUGAGCAAGACGAACACGCCCCGCCAUUCUAUUUCCAGAUGCAUGCAACCUAUGACAAGAAGGACCCCUUGACUGGUGUCUAUCCAUACAUGCGACUUCGUUUACAGGCACCCGUCGAGAUCCAUAAUCUGCUACCAUACGACUUCAAGUAUAGAAUUUACGACAGCAACACCAAGAAAGACUGGACAAAUUUCCUUAGAAAGGGAGGUAUCAGUCCAGUUCACGUUGUUGAGCUUUCACAUUUGUUGCUCCUUAGUGUAGAGAUGCAAGACGGGCCAUUCAAGCCCAGCAAAUUCGGUAUCAUCAAUUCCACCGACCGAGAGAGCUUUCGAAGGGAGAAGAUCCUAGAAGUCAAGGAUGAUAACGAUACAAUAUUGCAUUUGAAUAUGCAUUUCUACAAUUUUCCAGAUGGUGGAGGUGCCUUCAAAGUCGCAAUUUACAGUCCAUAUAUCAUCUUGAAUCGCACAGGAAUCCAACUCGACGUCCGUUCACAACAGUUCAUGGGACAAGCAAAGGCCGCUGCUGGGCAAGGUGUCAUCUCAGACAGCCAUGGCGAGACCGGCAAAGCCCUACCCUUCAUGUUCUCCUAUCCAACCGAUAACAAGAAGAACCGUGCUUUGAUCAAAGCAGGCGACUCUGGCUGGAGUAAGCCUCAGAGUUUUGAUGCGAUUGGAAGCACAUACACGGUGGCUCUACCCAACACUAAAGCCCGGUCAGAAAUGCACCUUGGUGUAUCUGUUUCCGAGGGUGAAGGGAAGUAUAAUCUGACCAAAACCGUAUCUAUAGCUCCACGAUUCAUCGUCAAGAACAAGGUCAAAGAAGAGCUACUUAUUCGCGAGCCGGGCCAGUCGGAUUGGAUGACGCUGAAGAACGGAGAGCUUCUACCUCUUCGAUGGCUGCGCCAAGGAGGAGCCCCACAGCUUUCUCUCUGCUAUCCUGGUGUCAACAAUCAGUGGUCGUCGCCAUUCCAUAUCUCAAAUGUUGGCAAUGUGCAUGUCAAGCUCUCCAAAGCGGGUCAGCGCCAGAAGCUCGUUCGCAUCGACAUAUUAAUGGAGCAAGCAACGAUCUUCUGCCAUAUCAGUGUCGAGUCAAAGCACUGGCCAUUCUCCUUCAAGAAUAUGAGUGAUCAAGAGUUCCUUUACUGGCAAGCGAAUCCAAACCAGGAUGAGGACGAAGAUGAUCGCGGCUCUGGGUUCCGACCAAUCAGAUACCGCUUACCUCCACGAAGCAUCAUGCCAUAUGCCUGGGACUUCCCUGCUGGAAAACGCAAGGAGAUUAUCAUCAGCGCAAACGGGCGCGAGCGACAUGUUAAGCUUGCUGAAAUUGGACCUCUCAUACCCUUCAAGAUCCCACCCGGCCAAGAACGUGGUGGUAUGAAGGUCAUUGACCUCAACGUCGUUGCAUCAGGUCCAACACAAACACUAGAAAUCUCAAACUACAAGCCGUCUAAGAGCAUGUACAAGCAGAGAUCUGCUACGUCCUCCUCUACAGCGACUGGCUUCGAGGUCAAGGAUAUGGACACCGAUGUGACAUUCAAGGCACAACUGCGACUUGCUGGUAUCGGUAUUUCGCUCGUCAAUCGCCACUUGAAAGAGUUGGUCUACAUUACACUUCGCGAUAUGGAGUUCAAGUACUCCGACUCGCCGUUAUACCAGAUGGUCAACAUGCAGGUCAAGUGGAUUCAGGUUGAUAAUCAACUUUACGGCGGCAUUUUCCCCAUCAUCUUCUACCCCAGUGUUGUACCCAAGACAGGAAAAGAAAUGGAAGCCCACCCCAUCUUUCAAACAAGUAUCACCAAGGUCAAGGACGAUUCCUAUGGUGUGCUAUACAUCAAGUACUUCACCUUCCUCUUGCAACAAAUGACCGUCGAGAUCGAUGAAGACUUCAUCUUUGCGAUGAUUGACUUUGCAAAAAUUCCUGGAGCAUCAUGGGCCGAAGAGAAAGAGGGCAAACUAUGGGACGAGGCUCUCGACCUGCCUGAACCGAAACAGGAGCAGUCGGGCCAAGACGUCUAUUUCGAGCUGCUGCAUCUCCAGCCCAUGCAAAUUGAUCUGUCCUUCGUUCGUACCGAGCGUAUCAAUGCUGAGGACACCAUGAGCACCUCGAACCCUUUCAUGUUCGCAGUCAACGUUCUAACGAUGUCGAUUGGCAAUGUUAACGAUGCGCCUGUCCGCUACAACUCGUUGAUGCUGGAAAAUGCUCGUAUCUCCACUAGCGCAUUAAUCAACAACAUCAAGAAUCAUUAUGUACAAGAAUCGCUGCGGCAGGUCCAUGUCAUCAUUGGGUCUGCGGAUUUCCUGGGCAACCCAGUCGGUCUCUUCAAUAACAUCAGCUCUGGUGUUGCUGAUAUCUUCUAUGAGCCAUAUCAGGGUCUGGUCAAAUCCGACCGUCCUGAGGAGCUUGGUAUCGGUAUCGCAAAGGGUGCCUCUAGCUUUGUCAAGAAGUCUGUAUUUGGAUUCUCAGACAGUAUGGCCAAAUUCACUGGCAGCAUGUCCAAGGGUCUCUCGGCAGCGACACUGGACAAGGAGUUCCAGGAUCAGCGCCGUAUGUCGCGUUCCCGAAACAGACCCAAGCAUGCGUUGUAUGGUAUAACAUCAGGUGGCAAUGCAUUUGCGAGCAGUCUUGCCAGUGGACUUGGUGGCCUUGCGCGACACCCCAUCCAAGGCGCGGAAAAGGAAGGCGCACUUGGCUUUGUCAAGGGUGUGGGCAAAGGUCUCCUCGGCGUACCCACCAAAGCGGCCAUCGGCGCCUUCGACCUCGCCUCCAACAUGGCCGAGGGCGUCCGCAAUACCACUACCGUUUUUGACCAAGAAGGCCUUGACCGCGUGCGCCUGACCCGUUUUAUCGGAACAGAUGGCGUCGUACGCCCGUACUCGCAACGCGAAGCACUGGGCCAGUUCUGGCUCAAGACGCUCGACAACGGCAAACACUUCAGCGAAGACUACAUUGCCCAUCUCGAGCUGCAGAACAAGGAGAUGCUUGUCAUGCUCACAUACAACAGGGUCAUGAUGGUGCGCAUGAAGAAGCUGCAGACGGAGUGGGAUGUGCCACUCAAGGAUGUUCAGACUAUUAGUAAGGAGAGGACAGGCUUGGGGAUCACGCUCAAAGGAGGUACAAAUGGGCCGUUCAUCCCUGUCGGAGAUGAAGGGAGUAGGAAUUGGUUCUACAGACAGGUCGCCGUUGCUGUGAAUGCGUAUAAUGAUCGAUGGAACGCGAAGGGCUGA